AUGGCAACAUACGAAGAAGACAUUAAACAGGAAUUAAGCAAGACAAGAGAAGAUUACGAGAAGGCAGUGGGAGAAGUCGGCGAAAUGGGAAAAGAAGUCAAUUAUUUAAAAGCUAAACCACUAUCCGAUGAUGAACUACAUUCACAAGCUUUCAGUUCUUGCCUAGAAAACAAAACCAGAGGGUUAUCUUCUACUAAAGAAGAGUUAAAAUUGAAAGAGAGGAAGUGGCCAAAAAAUUCCAAGAAAAAUCCAAUGAAUGAAGUAAUAGACAAAAACAAGAAUCAUUAG